AUGUCAAAUUAAGGUAUGUUAAGAAUAGGAACUUAAGAUUAAUUUUUAAGAAAAAAUCAAUUGAAUUAAUUUCAUCCAACCCCCAGUCAUCGAAAAACUUCUCAAACUAAACCUUAGUCAAUCGAUUAAAUUCCAGACAAUGCAUUAGAAAAAUUUUAUUUGUACAAGCAAAAAAAGAAUGAUGUGAGAAUGAAAGAAUAAUUGAACAAAUAAAACUAACGAACAUCUUAAAACUCCAUAGGUUAAUAAAACUAAUUCUUUAUUAAUGCAAAUUUCGUUAAGCAUUAAAGUAGUUAACAAAAGCGUUCUGUUCAAUCUGUAACUAUUGAAGCUAUAGAAUCAGUUUAAAGAACUAUAAAAACAGAUAUGGGAAAUGCUACAUCAUUUUUACAUAAAGCAAAAAGCUUAGAUCAAGAUGACUAAAUUUAAUAAGUUAAGCAUCAUAACGUUGUUGUGAGAUUUGGAAACUAAGAUUAUUACUUUUAUUUUGAAGCCCAGUAAGAAUAUAAUGUUAAUAAAUUUAGCAAUAAUAUGAAAUCCAUUUGGUUUUAAAUUUUGUAAAGAUUACACAAUAAUACAUAUGCAAAUCCUCAAGAAUGUUUUGCCAAUCUUAAGGAUAAGCCUUCAAUAAAUUAAAUUGUUAGCUUCAUUUCUUAAUAGCAUUCAAUACCAAUUGAUUAUUAUAUAGCUCAGCCAGAAUUGCAAUUUAAUGUGUUUAUGAACUCAGGUUUAAAAUUGGAAGCAUUGUUUUUGUAAAUCCAAUCAGAACAAAAAGUUUGUUUAAAAGAUUUUAUUUUUUUAAAGAAUAUUGGAGUGGGAGGUUUCUCUUUAGUUUAUUUGGUUAGAAAAAAAGACACAGGAAAAUUUUAUGCUCUAAAACUAAUUGAUAAAGAGUUUAUCAUAGCAAAAAAGAAAUAGUAGAUUGUAUUAAAUGAACGAAAUAUCAUGACUUUGCUUAACAGUCCAUUUUUAUUACAUUUAUCUUAUGCAUUUGAAUCAAGAUAAUUUAUUGUUUUUGUUUUAGAAUUUUGCCAAGGAGGAGAAUUAUUCUUUCAAUUGAAAUAAAUUAAAAGAAUGAAUGAAGAGCAAGCUCGCUUUUAUAUAGCUGAAAUAAGUUUAGUAAUAAUUUUAGUUUUUAUUAAGGGUCUAAAUGAAAUUCACUCAUUAAAUAUAUUAUAUAGAGACAUUAAACCUGAAAAUAUUUUGAUGGAUAUAUAAGGGCAUGUUCGAAUAGCAGAUUUUGGUUUAAGUAAACCAGAAAUAAGUAGAGAAGAAAAAGCUUAUAGUUUUUGUGGAUCUCCAGAAUAUAUGGCUCCAGAGAUGCUUUUGAAAUAAGGACACACUUAAACUGUAGAUUUUUAUUGUUUGGGAGCCUUGCUUUAUGAAUUACUUACUGGAUUACCACCAUAUUAUUCUACAGAUACAAAUUAAAUUUAUCAAGAUAUUCUAUAUUCUAAAUUAACCUUCCCAAAUGAUGUAUUAUUUUAAAUUAAAUUCAAGUUAAAUUUAUCAAAAGAUGUUAAAAAUCUUCUGAUGUCACUAUUAAAUAAAAAUCCAAACUAAAGAUUAGGAUCAUCUGGAGGAAUACAAGAGAUUCUUUAGCAUCCUUUUUUUUCUUAAAUUGAUCUUAAAUAACUAAUGCUAAAAAAAGUUAAGCCUCCAUUUCGUCCAGAUCCUUUGAGAAUGAAUUUAGAUGAGAAGGAAUCAUAAAAAGGAGAACAAGAUUUUAGGAAAAUGAUUGCUUCAAAUAAAGGUGCCAAUCUACCUGUUAUUUUUGGAUCAUCGUUUUAUUAUGAAUCUCCUUAAGAAGCUUAAAUCAAAUCAGUAUAUAAAGAAUGGAUUUCUCAAACAAAUUUACAAUCGAAUACUUCUUGUGUAGGGUCUUAUCAUAGUUAAGGAAAGUAUUUAUAUCUUAUAAUUUUUAAAGAUAGACUAAACCACAAGAUAUAGUACCUUUAAUAUAAUCUGUCAAAAAUAACCCUAGAUCUCGCUAAAUUACAAAUUAAAAAUAAUAAUCAUAAAAAGCAAUUGGUUAGAAAUCUUCUUUGGAGAAAAUUAAUUAAGAAAGAAAGUUUUUUUCAAAAAUUUGA